GGGAGAUUCAGAGCAAGCAUUAAGCUAUUAGCCUAUUGGGCAACAGUUGCACCAAGAUAUGCCUUUCAGUGAAGGAGGAAAAGCAAAUCCAUGCAUCAGUUCCCUGCCUUUUGACAACACAAUGCUAGUACUUGUUGGAGAAUUCGGUAGAAAAAGGUUAUCAUGGUAUUAUAUAUCAUGGGUGUUGUAAGUGUGCACAAGCAUAACCAUUCUUGAAGAAUUUUCUCUUCUGUGUCUUGAUUUUAAUCCAACCUCAUCCAAUGCAAAGAAUCUGUCCAUAUAUGCCAAACUCCAAAACCGCAACUAACUUCGAAUUGAAUGUUGGAUUGAGCAAAUACCAUCCCUGGUCUAAGGGCUGAAACAGUCCUACUUCAACCGAUUUGGCAACACUAAUCGGAGAACACUCCAUGUAGCAUGUCUUGCAAAGGACUGUUACUGAUCAGUAUAAAUAUCCCUCCAUGUAAUGAGGUUUGCAUCAACAAAGUUUAACAUCUAAGAUAUUUACUUGUUCAGUUUUUUAAUUUGUUCUUCAAAGAAAAUGAACCAAUCCCAGAAUUCAAGCUUCCGGGCUGGCGAGGCUAAGGGCCAAGCUCAGGAGAAGACCAACCAGUUGAUGGACAAGGCUAAGGAUACUGCACAAUCUGCUAAGGAAUCAUGCCAAGAGGCUGGUCAGCAGAUGAAGGCCAAAGCACAAGGGGUUGCUGAUUCCAUUAAGGAUUCAAUGGGGAUGAACAAAUGAAAACUGGUUGAUCGAUCCCACCCCACCACAUCUUUGGCACCUAUUUGUUUUUGAGCUUUUGGUUUUUGGCAACAUUUUCUUCGUUUUGCUCAUGUAUCCUUCGAUUUAAGAAGAAAGAUUCCGCUUGGAACUUUCAGCUUUUAAUCAUGUGUGAGUUUUGAGCCAUAUUUACAAUAUGUUUAUUUGCUACAAUAAAUGAAUUGGAUUGUGUCAAUGGUGCCAGCUACUUAGAAGUGGUAACAGACCA